AUGGCGUCGCUGCAGCAGUCGAUGGUCGGCGAGCUCCUGCCGUGGUUUGUCAGCGGUCUCUGCCUCCUUCGGCGUCAAGUGUGGCUCGCGCGGCCGAUGCUCCCCAAGCUCACGCGGCUGCUGCGCGUCCUCGAUGUCGUCGCCGGCCAGAGCGACGUGUUGCGCAAGGCCGAGAAGCGGUUUCUCUCGCUCGACCAGCGCUUGCACGGGUACGCGGCUCGUGUCGACGACGUCGGCAAGUGGCAAGUCGAUGCGUCGCCGCGCCGCGUCCAGAAGCAGCUCUACAACGUCUUCUCCAAGCUGUACACGGGCGAGAAAGACCAUUUCGAGGGCCAAAUUGGGUUUCAGUUCGAGGCCGUCGCGUCCUUUACGAUUGUCGCGCUCGGUCGGUCGGUCAACCCCGCUCGGAACGGCGGCGUCCUCCUCCACGCCCACACGAUUCGGCUCUGGGACGAAGCCAGCCAAGCGCUCUUGGCCUCGAUCAGCGUCGGGCCGCUCGCCAAGCGCGACGGGCUCGGGUACGUGUACGAGCCGCUGCCGUCGAGCGUGCGCCUCAGCCAAGGCAAGCUGUACCGGCUCACGACCCAAGAGUUUGCCAACGGCGGCGACCCGUGGUACAAGAAGGAGAACCUCCCGGACGAAGAGUACGAUGGCAGCUUUAUCAAGAUUCUGCGCGACUGCUACGCGUCCGGGUCGUCCGGGUUUCCCAACUCGCAAAACUUGACGGGCGCAGCGUACGGCGUGCCGACGUUUCUGGUCGAAGAAGACAAUCCGAUGGACACGCUGCCACCCAUCGUCCCGAUGGACGGCGUCCUCAGUCUCAAGUUCCACGGCAAGCGCAAGGCGCACUCGAUGACGUUGGGGCACCUUGGGAAUGCCGUCACGGUCACGGGCGAGUCCGAGUACUGGCGCUCGUGCUUUGCCACGUGCACGUUCGUCUCGGGCACGCACACGAUCGAGUUUGUCGUCAAGAGCAGUCGCGUCGGCGGAGGCGUCUCGGGCCAUGUGGUCGUUGGCCUCGAAGCGGUCGCCAACAAGCUUCGACACCCGACGGCCGCCGUGUUUCUCGGCCAAGACGCGCAGUAUGCGAGUAUCGGAUGGAUGCCGGCGGUCGGCGCCGUCUGGGUUCACGGGACGCGCCACCAAUACGGCGGGCCGCCGAUCACGCUGCACCACGGAGACAUUUGCGGCCUCACGAUCGAUUUCGACACGAACACCAUCUCGUUUGCCUACAAUGGCACGUCGCUCGGGCCCGCGCCGCUUGGCGACGCAGCGUUUCCAACGGCGUGUUUGCCGGCCGUGUCGGUCUAUGGUCUCCACGACGUGGUCGAGAUCCGCACGGGUGGCGUGGCCAAGUCGACGUUGCAACUGCCGUGGCUCCUCGACGUUCUCGAGACGACGGCGUCGCUGGCCGGUCGCGUCACGGCAACGCUCAUCUCGGGCCCGCCCGUCGACGGCGUCGAAGAGGAGCUUCAGCCGUGGUUGCAGUCCAAGCUGCUCUCGGGGGGUAUCGCCGACUCGUCGUCGUCGACGACGUCGAUGCCAUGGGCCACUGCCGUCAAGCAAGAGUGGGCCGAGUGCGCCGACCCGCUCUUUGCGCUCGUCGACGAGAAGCGACGCACGCGCAAAGAUGCGAUGAAACAAAGUCUGAGUCGGCCGCUCGAGACGAGCCAGAGUCCGUGGAGCGACGUGGCGUUCACGCGGUCGCUGCCCACGGUCGCCCACACCAUUGUCGCGUGGCUCGAAGCCGCCGCGCCCGACGUGUCCAUGUGGCGUCGGCAGGAAAAGUACCCCAAGGCCGAGCACUUUAUGUUUGCAGCGCUCAUCAAGCACGCGCCGCCGCCGCUUCUGCAGGAAGCCAAGGCCGUUGUCGCGGCCUCCGAGACGGUCAAACGCAUCGUGCCGUCGCCCGAAAUGCUUGCGCUGUGGCGUAGCAUCCUCACGCUGCGUCACUGGCUCAUCAAGAUGAAGCACGAGUACAAGGCCAAGCUCGGCGCGGAGGAAGACGACAAGCGGCUUGGUCGAGAGGAAGCAACGUUAUCCGAGUCACCGACGGGCCUCGAGGCCACGUUUACGCCGCCCCAGCAGUUUGACGCGUUCGUCGACCAAGUCGUUGACCGCGCCCGGUUUCUCUGCAGCGUCGAGCCACCGUCGGGCGAGUACACGCAGUGGGGGCUGAGCUCUCAAGUCGCCCUCUCGAAUUUGGCCGAAAAGUGGAGCGCCACGCAGACGCCGCCGUCGCUGCAGCCCAUGGUCGAUCGGUGGCGGUCGCUCUCGGACUCGGACUCGCGCAAGUGGUCCGGCCUUGUCCAACACGAAAAAACCACCGACCUCGACACGGCUGCCGGCGACGACGACGACGACGACGACGCAAGCACCAACGACGCCCACGACGAGGCCUAUCUCAGUGCGAUGGUCAAAGCCUGUGACCUCUACGUCCGGCACGGCGUCGGCGCGCCGCCUGCCAUCUUGUACGCACUGCUCGAGCGCCGGUAUGCGCGGUCGGAGGCGCGCAUCUUUGGCCUCGAUGCCAUGCGCAGCGUUCUCGGCAGUCUCUCGUUCGACUCGGCGCGGUACGGCGCGCUGCUCUUUCUUCGCCCGGCGCUGCGUGGGUUCACCGAGGACGAAAAACUGGCGCGCGAGACGCACAUCGAGCACUCGGAGCCGUCGCACCCGAUCGCGUUCCGGCCGACGGUGCGGCACCACUACCUCAAGGGCCUCGAAGGCUGCGUCGCCAAAGUCCUCGACGACGUCCAAGCGAGUUUUACCGAUCUGUACUCGCUACUGGCCUCCAUGCUGGCGAAAGCUACCUCGCCACUCUUGCAGCAGAGCCUCAUGUGCGCGUGGGCCCUCGACUUUGAACCGCGCGACCACGAAUUCUUGCUGCGUGCGGACAUCAUCGCGCACCUGAGCAAGCUCUGGAGCGUCAGCGCGCGCCGCGAGGACGCGACCGCCGAGCUCUCGCAGCCGCCGCAGGUCAACACCGAGUGGUACGCGCUCUCGGAAAGCUACGUGCGCGACGGCAUCCUCGCCAACGGCGACGUCGCGAAGCGCAACAUCCUCACCGUGGUCCGGCAAGCGCCCGCCUUUGCCCAAGCGCUCUGGCCGCAGAAGCGCGGUAGUCUCAAUAGCAGCAGCAAGGGUCUCACCGGCUCGUCGACCGUGUCCAUGUAUGCGGCCUUUCUCCGAAGCCUUACGACGCGGCUCAAGUGGUGCAAGCCGUCCGAGCUCGGGCACAAGGUGCUUCAGCUCAAUGUGAGCGACGAUGUCACAAGCACCGUCGACCUCCCGGCGCUGCCGCCGGCAUUGCCGUCGUCGUUUUGCUUUGAGCUCUGGAUGCUGCCGCACGAGCUCUCGGGGUACAGCACGUUGCGCAGCGACCACGGCUUCCUCGACGGGUCCGUGCACAUUGAACUCGUCGAGCGGCAGCUCCAGGUUGCGAUCGCAGGGGCCGUGCCGCGCGAGAUGCUCUUUGCGUUUGAGUUUCACUGCGCACUCUGGCAGCACGUGGCCGUGACCUAUGACCACGACGCCAAGACCCUCACACUGUACGUAAAUGGUCUUUGGGUCGAGACAAAACGCUACACCAAGGCGACGACCAAGGUCAUGUGGCGCGCCGCGCGGCUCGGGAGCUGGCUGCCAGACCCGACCAACAGUGGCGUUGUGCAGCGCAAGUUCAAGGGAUAUUUCUCACAGCUGCGGCUCUGGCAAGGCACGCGGUCCCAGACCGAGAUUCUCGCCAACCUCCAUCGACGCCAGCCCUUUGCGACAGCGCAACCCGUGUGGAGCUGGCACCUCGACGAAGGGGACGGCGAACUCUCGAUGGUCGAGACGAGCCAUGCCAAUUCCGCCGGCUGGAACGCGCUGCUCACCAAGUGCCAGUGGAGCCGCACCAACAUCCCGCUCUGGUCGCACGUUGCGUCUGCGCGCGACUGGCGCACGCUCCGUGACGGCAUGACGCGCCUCCAGCGUCAUUUCCGGUCGUCGCAGGCGGCCGCGUGGCUGCGCACCGUCACACGCGUCCAGCUGCAAAUCCAGGCGCUCGAGGCGGUCGAAGAGCACUUUGUGUUUUCGGACGACGAAGGGGAACCGACAGGCUCGUCGCUGCUGCCCUUGCCGCGCAGCUACGACGCAGCGGUGCUCUCGCGGCGGCUCGUACAAGACGCGGCAUACCUCGUGUUUCAGUACUUGGGCAUUGUGGCCAUCUCGGGCAUCCGCGAGCGCUGCGAAGUCGAGGCGAUCCAAGCCGCCUUGAGCGCCAAGAAGCGCCGGCAAGAAAAGGCGUCGGUGGUCGCACCGCUCCAGGAGAAGCGAAAGACCGACUUGAGCGACGCGGCGAAAUCGGCCGCGGCCGCGGCGGCGCUCGAGCUGCCGAUUGCGCAGCGGCUGUGGUUUUCGAUCGAGCUCCACCGCAAGUGCUUUGAAAUGGUCGAGAAGGAGCUCAGCGCCGCGACCCGCAUCUUGCACGACGCCGAGCAUCUCAUUCGCGCGCAGCAGCCGUCGAUGCUGCGGUCGCUCUCGACGCCGAUCCCGAUGGUCAUGGCGGCCAACUUGAACGAAGUGCUCGAGCCGUUGGAGAUUGAGAGCCUCGUGUUCUCGCUGCUUCGGUUCCUCUUCUCGCAGAGCCACACGUACCCCGCGAUCGAGCACGUGACCAAGCCAAGCAUGCUCCGGGAGUUUGUCAUGCUCCUCCGGCUCGGGUCGCCCCGCGUGCAGCGCAUGGUCCAGCUCAUUCUUCGCCAAUUGGCGCCGAAUGUUGCGCCGAGUCAGAUUGGCGCGCUCCUCGGCACCGACUCGGUGUUUCUCGACACGCUCUUGGACCGCGUCUCGGACUCGAUCUGCAGCGGCGUCUCGAGUCUCAACAGCACCAUUUCGCAGUCGAUGACCGAGUCGCUCUCCAACCCGUUGGGGUUCCAGACCGGUCAGAUCUACUUGACGCUCGCGUCCGAGGCGGUCGCGCUGCUUCGGCUGCUCCUCAACACGCCCAAUUGGCGCACCAAAGUCGCCGAUGUACUCGGACUUGCGAUCCGCAAGGCCGCGCCGAUUGUGAGCGCGCUGCCGUCGCUCGACAGUAAUUUGCGCGCGCGGACCACAGUGUUGCGAGCCCUCGGGGCGCUCUGCGUCUUGGGUGCGCACUCGGACUGCUUCCGCAUUGGCGGCAAAGUCCACGUCGUCCACGGCGACACGGCGCCGCCUCUGGUGGCAACGCUCAUCCACCGCGUGCAAGCCACCGCCCGCGUUGUCUUUGACGAAGGCGAGAACGUCCAGGACGUCGCGUGGACGGCGGUGACCCCGAUUGAAGAGAUCCAGCUGUCGCCGACGGUCGGGCCGACCAUCUUUAGUCUCGAGCUCAUGCCGAUCUUGCUCCAGUUUGCCAGCCUCGACGACGACGCGUCCUUGUGGCGGGCGCAGAUCCGGUCGCGCGCGCUUCUGGCGCUGCAGUCGUUUUUGCGACACGCGACCAUGCAGCACGAGGCGGUGACGACGCUCUCGAGUCUCUUGACGACCGCGCUCACGCCGCUGCGCCUCGCACGGUUCGUGAGCGUCGUCGAUCUGCAAGAGCGCAGUCGCAGCAUUCUCUCGCGCCUCAUUGAGGCGUCGACGCCGUUGGGGCCGCAAAUGUUUCGCGGCUUGCAAGAGCCCGUCGCGCCGCCCGUCGCCGAUGUCAUACCGCCAACAUCGACGUCGACAUCGUCACCACUCGCGUCCGUGCCACCGACACGACAGGGCUUUGCCUCGACUUUGGCGGCGAUGGGCUUUGAGAUGGAGCUGUGCUUGGCGGCGCUCGAGCACGCACGCGACGACCCGAACGCGGCCGUCGAGUGGCUCAUGGGCGAGCCCGCCGAGCGUUUCCGGCAGCAGCAGCGGCAGCGCGAGGCGCAGGCGUCGGCGGCCCGGGCGACGGUCGCCGUGCAGGACGCAUCGCGCGACGAGAAGAUUCGAGAUCUGCAGCUCAUUUCGGGCUGCCACCCGCGAUUGAUCCUCGCGGCGCUCGACCUCUGCGGCCACGACUCGAACCGCGCCGUCGAGUGGCUCAUGGAGCACGGUCGGCGCUUCUCGACGUCGUUGAAUCUGCAAUCCGACGCCUUUUGCCACGCGUCGGACGCGUCAUUGGACGACGCAUCCGCGCUUGAAGUCGCCGAGCAGCCGGACGCGCUCCUCCUCGAAGCCACCGCUGGCGUCGACGAAGCCCCGGCGUCGGUCGAUACCGGCCUCAUGGCCGCAACGCUCGCGCCGAUUCUCGCGCGGCUGCCGUCGGGCGCGACGGCGCCGUUGGACCCGACGUACCUCCCGACCAACCUCGUCUUGACGGUCGCCGACACGGUGGGUCCGGUGCCGCGGCUCUCGAGCGCCGGCCGGUCCGGCACGCUCGUGCGCUGCCAUCCGUCGCACGGUGUGCUGCUUGCGUUUCUCAACACGGAGAACGGCGCGAUGGAAGAGACGUACGUCCCGCCGACGCACGCCAGACGCUGGGUCAACGUGUUUGACGAGCCGCUCGUCGACGUGCAGAGCAUCUACGCGGUCGCGCUACGGACCGAGCAAGCGCUCUCGACCUACUACGCCCGCCACGCGAUUGUGGGGCUUGUCAUGGCCACGUCCGACCCGGUGCAAGUGCUCGCGAUGGUCGGCGGCGCGACUUCGUUUGUGCAGCUGCUCAAGCUCGUGGCCGCCGGGUCGUUUGCGACGCCGGACGCGGCGUCCGUCGCGCCGCUGAAAGACGCUCUCGAGACCAAGCUCAUGGCACUUGUCGCGAUGGAGAAGAGCUCCGUGACGCCGGUCCUCGUCGCCGAGUGCAUUGAGCACUUUGUCGCAGCGACCCAAGUGGCCCAGAAAGGGUCGCCGACAACGAGCGUUGACGUCGAGUCGUUGCACCCGUACUACCAUCGCGCCGAGUACACGUCGGUGGUCCACGGCCCGAGUGCGCCGACCGUGCGCGUCGUCUUCGACAAGCGGAGUCUCUUGAUGGGCAAGACGACGUUAAGCUUGUACGCGGACGUCGACUGCAAGCAGCAGCUGGCGACCUUCUCAUCGACCAAGCCCUUCACGGACGUGUGGGUGCCCCAGGCGACGUUUUGGCUCAAGUUUCACGCGGCCGAAGAGAACGAAGCAUCAACGAGCUACGGCUUUCGGCUGCAGGUGCAGGCGGUGCCAAGUAUCCAGUGGCACAACGAAGCCGACGUGCUCACGCAGCCGUCGCUCGAGUACGCAUGCUGGCUCCUCGAGUUUCUCUUGCAGCGCGUCGCGCCGCCGUCCGUGCACAACGACUGCGUCUACGGCGCCUUGGUCCAGUACCUGCAGUCGCCGCGGGCCCCAAAGAAGCACAAGGUCAUCCAGCUCCUUCUGCAGCUCCUCGCCGACAUCUCCGCGUUCCCGACGUUGCCCGACUUGACGCCGCUCGAGCGGAUGGGCCAGCUCGCGCUGGCGCAAGCCCAAAGCGAGCUCAAGAAGGGCAAGCCGUUCGUGUCGGCGCAUCUUCUGCAGCUCGUCGAGCUCGCUGUCGUGGUGCAAGAAGCGAGCGCCGACGUCCCGAGCUUGGUGGCGCCGAUCGCAGCGCCGUUGCUCGUGCCGUCCGAAGCCCCAAACCUCUUGCUCAUCAUCUACGAGACGAUGCAGCUGGCCGCGCAUCUACGACAGCACCCAUCGGCGCCGCUGUCGCAGGACCUCGUCACGCUUCUCUGGCUCGACGUGCACGGCGCGUCGACGGUCGUCGAGGACGCCACGUCCGGGGAGACCGUGUACCCCGGGGCCCACUCGCUUCGCGUCUGUCUCGAUGCGCGGUUCACCGAGUAUGACCGUCUCGAGAUGGCGUCGGCUACGGUGCCUGACGACGGCGCCGACGACGCAACGAUCGUCUGGACACCGAUCGUCGUCGUCACCGAGGUGAUGGAGAUUGCUGGCAACGCCGUGCGCUACACGUUUGCGCCCACGACGACGUCGCGCGGGCUCUCGAUGACGAUUACGGCGGUCGGUCUGGCACUGGAGCGGCAGUUGGCGCGCUGUAGCGUGCAGUCGCUGCAGGCGAGCCAGGACGCGCUGCAAGCCAUGCGAUGGACGAAUGCGAUGGACGCCCAGCUCGUGGACUGGGUCAAUGUGCACAUGGAAAACCCGUCGCUCGACGGCAGCGGUCCCGCCACGGACUUGGCGCCGGCCGACAUCCGCAUCCAUCCGACACUGGACGGGCUUCGGUGUUCGCUGCUGCUGCACCUACCGCUCUCGACGAUUCAGCUACGGUAUGCGCUCUUGCGCUGCUUCAACGCGCGUCUCGCUGCGUGCAUGCCGCUGCUCGACCUCAGCGACGUCACGUCGUCGUGGUCGAUUGCUCACAAGCUUCGGUCGCUGAGCCACUGCAUCUUUUUCGAGGCCAAGCAAAAGGUCGUCGAGGCUGCGAUCGAAGCGACCGUCGUGGCGACCGAGACGGCCAACGCCAACGCGACGGCGCGCAUUACGCUCGAUCGGUUGCGCGCGCUCGAGUCGCGCGAAGACCGCGAGGUCGAGCCCUCGGUCUCCGAGUGCUUCUUUGCCCAAGCGUUCCGGCAGCUGCAGAGCGUCGACACCAAGGCGCUUCGGCGCAAGAUCGACAGCAAGGGCCGGCUCUUUAGCGUCAAAUUCCGAGGCGAAGAGGGCGUCGACUGGGGCGGCGUGUACCGCGAAGGCACCAACUCGAUGGUCGACGAUCUCUUUGGCGCGCAUUUCGCGUUGUUUCUGCUUUGUCCCAACGGCCAGCACAACACGGGUCUCAACCGCGGCAUGUACCUGCCCAACAGCCGCUGCACGUCGCCGGUCGCGAUUCAAAUGCUCGAAUUCGUCGGCAAACUGCUCGGCAUUUCGCUGCGCACGCGUGGCGACUUUCCGUUCGCGUUUUGCCCGCUGGUGUGGAAGAACCUCUUGCAGCAGCCACUGGACCGCGCCGACCUCGAGGGGACGGACGCGCUCCUCGUGCAGAUGCUCGAUGGCAUCCGCGACUGCGAGGCCGACGGCAUCACGAAUGAUGCGCAGUUCCAGACCGCGUUUGCCGACUUGGAGCUGCGCUUCACCACGUUUGGCUCCAACGGGCAGCUCGUGGAGCUCGUGCCCAAUGGCGCCGGCAUCCCCGUCACGUACGCCAACCGCUCCGAGUACUGCCGGCUCGUCGAGACGUAUCGCUUGCACGAAGUCGACGUCCAGUGCAAUGCGAUGCGCCGAGGACUCGCAGCGCUCUUCCCGUUGCGCGUCCUGACGCUCCUCACGUGGCAAGAGAUGGAGAUGCUCACGUGCGGCAGUCCAAAGAUCGACAUUGCCGUGUGGCGCCAGCACACACGGUACGACGGCUACACCGAGCACGACGAGACGGUCCAGCUCUUCUGGGACGUCAUGGCGUCCUUCUCGGACGAACAGCGCUCCGAUUUCGUGCGCUUUGCGUGGGGCCGGUCGCGCCUCCCACGGGGCAAGUGGCCGCAGCCGUUCAAGCUCACGAAGAAGGGCGGGCGCGACGCCGCAUUGAGCUUGCCCGUCGCGCACACGUGCUUCUUCUCGGUCGAGCUGCCGCCGUACACGACCAAGCAAAAGAUGCACGAGAUGCUGCUCGCAACCAUCAACUUUGGCCUCGGUGGCAUCCUCAUCGCCUAG